AUGGUAUUUCCCAGAACGAGGCCGCCACCGACUUCAAGAUCAUUCGCAUCCUGGCCAACGGCACGGCUCACAACCGGCCUGUUCAACUCGGGCGACAUCGACGAGAACGGCCAGUAUUGGAUCUCUACUGGUGGUGCCGACUUCUAUCAGUACAACUUCGCUCCUGGCACCACAAAUUACGGAGGUCUCGUCACUAGUGGCAAGCUCACAGGUACCGGCGGUUACACAAUCGGUGACUGGACUGUCGUUCCUGGCGUCGGAGGCGGAGAUCUAUGGUCCGUCGGCGUGAGCAAUCAAGUUGCUUACUUGUUGCGCUGGAGCCGGACUACCCACGCAUUCACAGUGGUUCGCAACUUGGGCAACCUCACAGGAGCAACUGGGACUACGGUGCCUUUCUGGGGUGCGAGCUACGCAACCACAGAUGGCUACCUUUUUGCGGUGGAAAACGGCAGUGGGCAGAUUUGGCGUAUUGCUGUUGAUGGCUCUUCAAACCCUCUGAGGUUGAAGGAUGCACCAGUCAGCAGUCGAAACGAUGGUGCCAGAUGUCUGGAUUCCGGUGCCAUUGUUGUUAGUGGCUAA